CCCCGCCGCUCCCGCCCCUCGUCCCCUCCUUCCUUCCCUCCCUCCCUUCUCUCCCUCCGCCCGCUCCGUCCUUCCACUUCCUGGGGCCGGCGGAUGGCGGCGGCCGCCCCGCACCGCCUCAUGCCGCCGGCCCGGUAGCGGGGCCGCGCCGGGGGCCGGGCGGGGCGGCCAUGAGGGCGGCCUGAGGGACGGCGCCGAGCGAGCCCCGGCCAUGGGCGAGAGGCGGCGCGGGCAGAGCGGCGAGCCGGGCACGGCCGAUCCCGAGGAUCCGGGCUCGCUCCUGCAGCGGGCGGUGUCGCUGCUCCGCGGCUCCUCCCUGGACUCGUCCUCGCAGCGCGGGCUCCGGUACAGCAAGGCCAUCCUGGUGGAAAAGGAGAUUUUCCUCAGCGAGCUCCGGGCGUUUGCCCGGGCCAAGGCAGCGGCCGGGUACAGCCAGGAGGAGCUGCGGGAGAGCUUCGCCUUCCUGCUCUUCGACAAGGAGGAGGAGGCAAGGAAGGUUUGUCAGAGCGGCCUCCGCGUGAACAGCAGCAGCACUUCCACCCUGGGGGACCCUGCCAAAGGGGUUUACAUUUCCAGAUAUCCCGACUGCCUCCAGCCCAGGCCUUGGCACCACGGAAAAUCGGGAUAUAUCGUCAUUUGUAAACUCAUUAAGGGGAAGGUCCGAGCCGUGGCCGAGAGCUCCUCGAGCAGCCCCGUGUGCCCCUCGCCGGGCUACGACUGCCACGUGUCCCUGCACGGCCCCAGCAGGGCCAGCCAGUACUACGUGUACGAGCUGAGCGGCGGCGGCGCGGCCGAGCGGCCCCGGCAGGUCUGUCCCUACAUCUUCCUGUCCUGCCACUACAGCCAGCCCCAGGAGAUGCCAGCGCUGGCCACACACAGCCUAGCGGAGCAGACCCACCAAGCCCUGCCCUGCCCAUGGAGGGGCCAGCUCUCCAUCCAGGGCCAGCUGCUCUGCACCAUCGCCCUGAGGAACCCCCACAGCUGCACCAUCCCUGCCCAGCUGCCUCCCAACCUGGACAUCAGGCACGUGAUGGGAUUGGCUGACCUGAGGAAAAAGCUGCCAGAAGCUGCAUUUGGGAAAAAAAAUUACACUGGGAAGGAAGUCUGCUUUCAGGGUGUUUACUCCAGUCUCUAUGAGGUGGAAAUAUCCAAUAAGGAUCAAUCCAGAAUGGAUCUGCUGCUGGAAAAGCUGAAGGAAAAGGACUUGGCGAUCAUCAAAUAUUUACAGGAUCAGGGAGUUCUCAUCCUGCUCACGUCCUCAGCCCUGGCACGAGAGGAUGGUCUAGAGCCCAAGGAUGCAAAGGAUCCCCAGGAGCCCAAAGAUCUCAAGGGUCUCAAGGAUCCCAAGGGUCCCAAGGAGCCCAAGGAUCCCAAGGGUCCCAAGGGUGUAAAGGAGCCCAAGGAUCCCCAGAAGCCCAAGGAUCCCCAGAAGCCCAAGGAUCUCAAGGAUUCCAAGGAUCCCAAGGAUCUCAAGGAUUCCAAGGAUCCCAAGGAUCCCCAGGAUGUGGAAGCUCCCCCGGCUGCCCCGGAGGCGGUGUCGCUGCUGGCGCUGUUCCUGUUCCCGUCCCCGCGGGCCCUGAGCCCCCCAGCUGGAAAGCAGGAUCCGAAGGCCAGGAAGGGAGGCAGCGCCAGGAAUUCCCUCUCCUUAAAAAUCGCCUCGGUGGUGCCGGGGCUGCGCUACGCCCUGCGGAAAGCGGCCGACGCCGGGAGCGCCGCGGGCAGCGCCGGCCUCAGGGAGCACCUCCAGGAAUUCGCCAAACUCCGGCAAAACUCUCCUGGGAAAAGCAUUCCCGAUCCUCCCCCAGGCCGGGAUGAGGGGGCUCAUCCCUCCCAAGGAGCCUCGGAGCAGGCGCUGGCGCGGCUGCGGCGUUACCUGGCCGAUCCCGGCGGAUACACCUUGGGAAUGUCGGCGGCGCUGGGGUGGCUGAGCAGAAACCCGGGAGCUGAUCCCGGGAAUUCCUCCUCCUCCUCCUCCUCCUCUCCUCCCGAUCCCUUCCUGGACAGCUUCUCUAAGAGCGUCACCUCUCCCACCAAGCCCUGGGGCCGGGAGAGCCGGAGGAAAUCCAGCAGGAUCCUCGGGAAAAGCCUCUCUCCGUUGAAGGCACCGGCGGAUCCGGGGGCGGAGGAGAGCAGGGGCAGGGAGGGGGCCAGGAAGAAAAUCAACAAUUCGGGAUCUCCCGGAGGAGCCGGGAGCGAGCCUGGAGCCAGGAGCGAGCCCGGAGGAGCCGGGAGCGAGCCCGGAGGAGCCGGGAGCGAGCCCGGAGGAGCCGGGAGCGAGCCCAUGCUCAAACUGGCCAAGCUGAGGCUGCCCCACGGCAGGAAAAGGGGCGCGGAGGUGCUGGCGGCAGAGAUCGUGCACCAGGCACAGGGAAAAGGCGCCGCGCCCAAUGGGGAGGCAAAGAGGCCAAAAUCCCUGGAAAAGCCCGAGGCCAGGAAAGCCGGGAAGAACAGGACACGGAAAAACGGGGAGAACGGAGCGGCGGGGAAGCGGCGGGAGCAGAGCGGGGAGAGAGGGUCGAAGGAGCCGCCCCGGGACCUCCCCAGUUCAGCCUCAUCCCAAUCCAAAUCCAAAUCCCAAUCCCAGGGAUCCGGAACCCCAAGGAACCAGAGUCAUCCCAUUGGAAUUCCCAGCGGAACAGCGAUCCCAAGGAACGAGAAUCAUCCUGUGGGAAUUCCCAGUGUAACAGCGAUCCCAAGGAAUGAGAGUCAUCCUGUGGGAAUUCCCAAUGGAGCAGGAACCUCAAGGAAUGAGAUCCAUCCCAUUGGAAUUGCCAAUGGAGCAGGAACCCCAAGGAAUGAGAUCCAUCCCAUUGGAAUUGCCAGUGGAACACAAAUCCCAAGGAAUGAGAUUUGUCCCAUUGGAAUUGCCAGUGGAACAGGAACCUCAAGGAACGAGAGUCAUCCCAUUGGAAUUGCCAGUGGAACACUGAUCCCAAGGAAUGAGAGUCAUCCCAUUGGAAUUCCCAAUGGAGCAGGAACCCCAAGGAAUGAGAUCCAUCCCAUUGGAAUUGCCAGUGGAACACAAAUCCCAAGGAAUGAGAUUUGUCCCAUUGGAAUUGCCAGUGGAACAGCAAUCCCAGGGAAUGUGAUUUGUCCCAUUGGAAUUGCCAAUGGAGCAGGAAUGCCAAGGAAUGAGAUUUGUCCCAUUGGAAUUGCCAGUGGAACUGGAAUGCCAAGGAAUGAGAUUUACUCCAUUGGAAUUGCCAGUGGAGCAGCAAUCCCGAGGAAUCAGAUUUGUCCCAUCGGAAUUCCCAGUGGAGCACAAAUCCCACGGAAUGAGAUUUACUCCAUCGGAAUUCCCAGCGGAACAGUGAUCCCAAGGAGUGAGAUUUACUCCAUUGGAAUUCCCAGCCUUGGCUUUGCCCUGCAAGGACCCAACAGCGACUCCCACGCCUUGAACCUGCUGGCCGACCUGGCCCUGGGCUCCUGCAUCCCUGCCCUGAUUCCCAAGGAUUCCGGGAUCAUCCUGCUGGAUUCCAGCCCCAAAUCCCCACGCCUGCCUCCCGACCACGGAUACCACAGGCAGGAGAGGCAGGAGGACAAACCCCCCUCGGACAGCGGGGCCCCCCCAGGCCAGCCCCAUCCUGAGCAAACAGAUCCCAGCCCUGCUCCUCCCAAGGAAACCUCGGGAAUUCCCGGCGGGAGCAGCGGGAACGCCGCCCCCGGCGCGCUGCAGGCGCCUCCCGAGGCCGGCAAGCACUGCCUGAUCUCCGACGAGCACUCCUACGCCUCCCCCAUGCCCGACGACCCCCAGAGCCCCCCGGACCCCAAAGGGAAUCCCAAAGGGAAUCCCAAAGGGAAUCCCAACCCGGCUCCUUCCCGAGGCAGCGCCCCGGCGGCUCCUCUGGUGGGGAAGGUGCUGCCGUUCCGGCACCACGGCGGCGCCUCGGAGCCGGCGCGCGGCGCCGGCGCUGCCAGGAGGAAGGAGGAGUUCCCCAGGAGCCGCGCGGUGAGCGCCUGCGGGAAUUCCCUGAGGAUCACGCGGCGCUGGGAAGGGGAGUACCCGUUCCACCUGGACAGCAGGUACACCAACGACCCCCUGGAGAAAACCGUCAUCCGCGCCCUGCACGGGCCCUGGGAUCCCGCCCUUCCCGACGAUGUGGAGGGGAUGAAGCUGAUCCUGCACAUGUGGGUGGCCCUGUUCUACAGGAAGCCCAGCAAGCUCCUCAGCAGCUCCAGGAAGGUGGUGGAGCACAUCAAUCCCAAGAAAUUCGUCUCCAUCAACAGCUCCGGCGGCUUCCUGGAGCUCAGCGACGACAGCCAGGACUGCUUCGGCUUCGAGACGUGUCCUGCGGACUCGGGCUCGGAUCCUGACCAGACCCCCAGCAGCUCCCUGGAUCCCAGCGCCCCUUCCCAGGGCGCUUCCCAGGCGGACAAGGGGGAUCCGCAGGCGUUCCCCGCCGAUUCCCAGACGGACGCGGACGGAGCUCCCGGAGCCGUGGACAGCACGGUGUCCUCGUCCUCGGGGGAGCUGCCCUGCGGGGAGGAGGAGGAGCCUUCCUCCACCAGCUGUCCCGAGAGCCUUUCCCUGCAGGAUGGCUCCGGGGAAAGCCGGGAUGCGGCGGACAAGGAGCCGGGGGCCGCUCCCGAGGGGCGCGCGCGCGACGUCUGCGGCGGCACCGCGGAGGAGCCAGCCCAGGAGGGGCUGCUGGAUGCCAGGAUCAGCCCCAGCCCUGCCGAGGAGCUCGGAUCUCCCAGCGAAUCCCUGGAAAACGCCGGGAGCCAAGCGCCGAAUUCCAGCACAGCUCCGGGGGCAGAGCCCCCCUGCGCACCGCAGGAACACGGGGAGCAGCAGGAACAGCAGCAGGAAAACAGGGAGCAGCAGGAAAGGCAGCAGGAAAAGCAGCAGGAAAAGCAGCAGGAAAAUGGGGAGCAGCAGGAACAGCAGCAGGAAAGGCAGCAGGAAAACGGGGAGCAGCAGGAAAGGCAGCAGGAAAAUGGGGAGCAGCAGGAAAGGCAGCAGGAAAAGCAGCAGGAAAAGCAGCAGAAGGAGCAGGAAAAUGGGGAGCAGCAGGAAAAGCAGCAGGAGGAGCAGCAGGAAAGGCAGCAGGAAAAUGGGGAGCAGCAGGAAAGGCAGCAGGAAAAGCAGCAGGAAAAGCAGCAGGAAAAUGGGGAGCAGCAGGAGAAGGAGCAGGAAAAGCAACAGGAACAGCAGCAGGAAAAGCAACAGGAAAAGCAGCAGGAAAACGGGGAGCAGCAGGAACAGCAGCAGGAAAAGCAGCAGGAAAGGCAGCAGGAAAAGGAGCAGAAGGAGCAGGAAAAUGGGGAGCAGCUGGAGAAGCAGCAGGAAAAUGGGGAGCAGCAGGAAAGGCAGCAGGAAAACAGGGAGCAGCAGGAACAGCAGCAGGAAAAACAGCAGGAAAAUGGGGAGCAGCAGGAAGAGCAGCAGGAAAAGCAGCAGGAAAACAGGGAGCAGCAGGAGAAGCAGCAGGGAGCAGGGUCAGGGAGCGGCCCCGGCCCUCCCGAGGAUGAGGAGGGAGCAGCAGGCUCCGGCCGUGUCCUGGCAGCUGAGGAUGGUGCUGAGCCACAGCCUGGCUGCCAUCCCGUGCCCGUGGAAACAGGUCCUGGAAGGGCAGAGCCCGGGGGAGCCGCUGAGGAAGGGGAGGGAUCCCAGGAGCCCUCGGAGCACUCGGAAAAAGAGAGGGAGGUGGAGGAGGAGAGGGAGGAGAACGAGGAGAGGGAAGAGAACGAGGAGGAGAGGGAAGAGAACGAGGAGGAGAGGGAAGAGAACGAGGAGGAGAGGGAGGAGAACGAGGAGGAGAGGGAGGAGAACGAGGAGUUUGAGGACGAAGGCUCCUUCCAGGACCCCGUGGAUUUGGUGUUGUCCGAGAGCAGCGAUGCCGAGAUGGAAUGCGAGCAGCAUCCAGGGAAUUCGGGGUCUCCAGAGGAGUUUGGGGUUCCUGAGGAGGAGCCCGUGCCCAGCCCCUCCUCCCUGGCAUCCCCCUGCCCCCAGGGGUGGGACGGGAGUGACCCCGCGGCAUUCCCUGAGGAGAUGUCACCAAGCCAGGACGAGCUCCCGGAGCCCUGGGACGCCCCGGGCACGCCGGGCUCGGAGCCGGGCGGGCUCGGAGGGGGCAGCCCGGGCUCGGUGGGCUCGGAGCGGCCGAGCCCCGCUGCCCCCAGCCCUGCCCGGGGGGCACGGCCCGACAGCGGCACCGACAGCCCAGGGCCCGCCGGGGACACCCUCGGGAGCGGCUCCCAGCACAGAAACCGGGAUCGGGCGCCCUCCGGAGAAAGGUGGGAGCGCGCCGGGAGCACCGAGGCCCCCUGCGGGCAGGGAGUGAGCCUGGCGCUGUCCCCCGACUCCUGCUCGGUGUGCCUGACCUCUCCCGACGGCUCCGUGGAUCCCUGGGCUGCUGCCGAGGACCAGGACAGCGUCCAGUCCCCGUCCCAGAGCGAGCUGGGGGGCAGCAGCUGCUUCCCCCGGCUCUGCGGGGAUGAGGCCGAUCCCGACCCGCAUUCCCUGGACAGUGAGGAGUCAAUCCACGGCGGGAGCGGGGCUCUGCUGGAGGAGGAGGAGGAGCUGGAUGAUCCCAUGGGAGCAGGAGACGGCCGGGACUCCCCCUUGGACUACCCGGACACGGGAGAUGAGUGCGGAGCUGAGGAGGACGCGUUCCCUGAGGCACGGAAUUCCCCUGGGAAUGAUGGCGCGGGGGACAUGGAGCUGGGCGAGCUGGAGAGCCCCGGCCAGGCAGACAGGGAAUUCCUCCUGGAGUCAGAGCCCUCGUCCUCCGUCACAGCCAUCGAGGAGCUCCCCAGGCAGCAGCAGCAGAGCUUCCCAGACAUCCACGGAGACUCAGCUCCUGCUUCUCCCGCCCGCAGAGACCCCGACCCCGGCGUUGGCGCCGUGCCGGGCCGGCGGGAGUCGGUGCUGUGCCGCCUCUGGAAGCCGUGCCGGGAAGGAGGAGCUGCCCAGCUGAGCGUGGCUCCCUGGGGCCUGCAGGGCUCCCUCAGCCCCCCGCAGGAGCCGGUGCAGUCCCCCGUGGAUGAGUUCGUGCCCGCCGAGCCGGGAUCUGCCCCUCCAUCCCCGUGUGAUCCCUGGGAUGAUCCCGAGGAGCCGCUCCCGGGGUUCCUCCCUCCCACCCCGGACAGCGCCCGCUGGUCCCGCAGCCCCGGGAGCCCCGGGAGCCCCGGAGAGGGGCCCUGCCCGCCCGAGGAGCUGCAGGGAGGGGGCACCGCCAGCCCUGCACCCUCACCGAGCUGGGAAUGUGCCCUGGGCGAGCCCUGGGAUGAGUGUGAGCACAGCCCCGGGGCAGCCCAGCCCUCCCCGGAUCCCGGCAGAGCCGAGCUGGGAGAGGGAGAAAUUCCCGCCUCUCCCGUGGCGUGGGACGAGCCCGCGGAGCUCCCGGGAGAGCCCCUGGAGUUCAGCGACGCCGAGGACCGGCCGGAUGAGCUCUCCAGGGAGGAGCACGAGGGCCUGGCCUUCGAGGAGCCCUUGGAGGAUUUCUUUGGUGACUCAGAGCAGGAAUAUUUUGAGGGGAGUUCGCGCUCCCCACUCCCGAGCAGGAGUUCCUGCAUCGUGAGAUCCACGGACGCUGCGGGAGCGAGGACUAACCGGGACAGCUCCUCCAGGAGCUCCGUGCACACGGAGGAGCACGGGGAGGACUGGGACUGGGACUGGGACUGGGACUGGGACGUGCCCGGGGAUCCCGGGAGCCCUGUGCUCAGCAGGCACUGCCAGGAGAGGCUGGAACGUCUCCAAAUUCCCAAGAGGCGCCGGCACCGUGCCCGGGAAUCCCACCUGGCUCGCUCCCUGCUGGGCACCUGGAGGAGCUUCGAGGAGCUCACCCAGAACACUUUGGACAUGGAAUGCCUCCGCUUCCACUAUAAGCUAAAAGAAAUCCUGAGGAGCGGCAGACCCCCCUUUUCUACCUCCCAAAGCAUCUUCCCCACGGCCUUCGCGCCCCGCGCCGCCCCCGUCCCGCCGUCCCCCCGCAGCAGGAGCCCCUUGCAGGUGACAAUUCCCCCCUCGGACACGCAGCCGGGCUGGCACGGGGACGCCCGGGCGGGCAGGAGCGGCAGGACCCGGGCCAGGAGCCGGGACCGAGGGGCUCCUCUCCGCCUGGGCAGGCUGCGGUACCCCCGCGCCGCGCCGGAGCCGCGCGGGGCCGUGGCCGGCAUCCUGCACGAGUUCUCCGAGUUCCGGAGGGCCGUGCUGGGCCGGGCCCCGGCCGGGAGCAGCGCCGCGGUGCCGGGGGAGGCCGGCGGCGGCCGGGCCGGGCCGGUGGCGCUCGGGGGGACAAUCACGGAGCUGUGCGGGGCCCUGCGGUGCCACCUGCGCCGCGUGGCCGCCGCGGCGCAGCCCGGAGCCUUCUACCUGCUGGAGACCGGCAAGGAGCCCUUCUUCGACAGGGUGAAGGCGCUGCUGCGGGCGCGGGGCUGGGCCAGGACGGAGCCCCAGGGUUUCUGUGGGGCGCAGCGGCGGCGCGGGGAGCGGCUGCUGGUCAUCGUCCGGAGCCAGGACAUCUCCUCACACAUCCACACGGUGCCGUGCCUGCUGCAGCUGAAGCGCUGUCCCAGCGUGGUGUUCGCCGGCGUGGACGAUCCCGAGGAGGUGACAAGUGACACAUUCCAGGAGCUCUUCCAGGCCGGGGGCUUUGUGGUGUCCGACGAGGAGCUGCUGGAAAGGGUCACCCUGGGCCAGCUGCAGGAGGUGGUGAAGGUGCUGGAGAAGCUCAACAGGAGCGGGAGGUGGAGGUGGCUCCUGCACCACAGCGAGAGCAGGAGGCUCAGAGGAGACCUCAGGGACGACGCCGGCGCCCGCAGGAAGCGGCUGCUGCUGCGCUGGUGCCAGGCCGAGGAGCUGCUGGAGCCGCUGCCCUUCCACGGCUGCGACGCCGCGCCCGGGCCCCGGCGCCCGCCCUGCCUGCUGGAGCUGCAGGCACGGCACGUCCACGCCCGAUUCGCCGUGUUCCUCACAGAAAAUCCCGGCAGCAGCAGGGAGCUCCUGGAAAGCAAAGGAAUUCUUGUGGCUGACAUCAACACCUUCCUGGGGACGGUGCAGGACCUGGCUGCUCCCUUCAGGAGAAGCUACUGGUGACAAAGCGAAGCCACGAGGACACGGCUCCUCCCCAGGCCCUGCGGCACCGGGCCGGGCAGCCCAGUCCUGUGGGGACACCCCCGCCACCAACCCAGUGGAUCCCACCACCAACCCAGUGGAUCCCACCACCAUCCACCCAGUGGAUCCCAUCCAUCCCAGUAGACUCCCCACCAUCCAUCCCAGUGGAUCCCUCCAUCCAUCCCAGUGGAUCCCACCCAUCCCAGUGGAUCCCCCCAUCCAUCCCAGCUGAUCCUGACCGGUUGUAGCUCUGUACAUAAAUCCUAUUUAAAGGUGGGGAAUGCCAAUCCUGGGGGGGUUCAUUCCCUGCCAUCCCAUCUCUCAUAGGAAAGGUUCUUUGAACAACGGUACAGGUAAAUUAUUGGAGUGGUUUUACGGCUGGCAGAGGAAUUCAUUGGAGUGAUUUAAGGCUGGCAGAUGAAUUCAUUGGAGCAAUUUUAAGGCUGGCAGAGGAAUUCCCCAGCGUUCACUCGAAGGUUGGGAGCGGGAGCAGCUCCGUUUCCCGCACGGUUCUCGCCCUUCAGGCCCACACUACAUUUCAGCUCGCCCCCGGUGCCGGUUCCCGGCGGGACCGGCGCGUUCCUGGAAUCCCUGUAAAUAGCGGGAGGGCGGGAGGCAGGAGCGGAGCGGCUCCUGCUCAUGGGAGCGCCCGGCCCGGCCCGGCCCCGCCCGGCCCCGGGGACAGCGGCUCCCUUUGGUUCGUUUUUAAAUCCAGGACUGCGAGGCCGUUGUGUACAGGACGACUUUGUAAAUUAGAGUUUGGUUAAUAAAACCUCCAAAAUAA